AAUUUUCAGUCACAAAGUGAUCGUCAAGAUGAAAGGUUUGAAGUUUUUGUUUCUCUUUACGUUUGUUUUUGCUGACGAUCCAUGGUACAAGAACGCAAAUUAUUACCAAGUUUAUCCCCGAAGUUUUAAGGAUUCCGAUUCUAAUGGAAUUGGCGAUAUCCGAGGAGUUAUCGAAAAACUUCCGUAUUUACAUGAUCUUGGCAUGGAUGGAAUUUGGUUGAAUCCCAUAAUGAAAAGUCCUCAAGCAGAUGCGGGAUACGACAUUUCCGAUUAUCGCGAAAUUGAAUCGCUUUUUGGUACAAUGGAAGAUUUUUUGGAGCUUUUGAAUGAAGCAAAGCAACUUGGAAUGCAUUUAAUUAUGGAUUUUGUGCCGAAUCACACGAGCAACGAGCACGAAUGGUUCAUCAAAUCUGAAAAUGGAGAAGAAGGAUAUGAGGAUUAUUACAUUUGGCAUCCGGGGACGAGGGAUGAGAAUGGCGAUUUGAAGCCGCCGAAUGAAUGGGUCAGUGUUAUGGUUGGAAGUAUGUGGGAAUGGAGCGAAAAGCGACAAGCGUUUUAUUUUCAUCAAUUUUUGCCGCAACAACCCGAUCUUAACUAUCGCAAUCCAAAAGUAGUUGAAGAAAUGAAAAACGUGAUGAGAUUUUGGUUGGAAAAGGGAAUCUCAGGCUUUAGAAUCGAUGCUGUGCCUUGUCUUUUCGAAGUUUCGUCAGAUUCUCCUGAAUUUUAUCUUCAAGAACCUCCAAGCGGGGAAUGUGAUGAACCAACAUUAAGUUGUUAUUACAAGCACAUUUAUACCCAAAAUCAGAGUGAAACUUACGAUAUGGUUGCUGAAUGGCGCUCCGUUUUGAACGAAUUUUCCUCCAUUGAACCAAAAGUCAUGAUGUUAGAAGUUCUCGUGUCUCCUGAAGAUCUUCGUCGUUAUUACACACGCGGCGCAGAUAUUCCUUUCAACUUUGAGCCCCUUUAUACUUGGAAAGAAAAUCGAUCGGCUUGGGAGAUUCGUGUAUUUAUCGAAAACUAUUUGAAUCACAUUCCUGAUGGAAAUUCUCCAAAUUGGGUUCUUGGCAAUCACGAUAAUUCUCGUCUCGCCACGCGUCUCGGAGAAAAGCGAAUCGAUCUUUUUAAUAUUUUACUUCAAACAUUGCCCGGCAAUGCUGUUACUUACAACGGCGAAGAGUUUGGAAUGACAGAUGUUUUUAUUUCGUGGGAAGAUACGCAAGAUCCUCAAGCUUGCGCAACCAAUCGAACUUUUUAUACGCAGCGGACGAGAGAUCCUGCUCGUACGCCUUUUCAAUGGAAUUCGAAUAAAAAUGCGGGAUUCAGUGAUGCUGAAAAAACUUGGCUACCUGUAGGAUCAAAAUAUGUUGACGUUAAUGUUGAAAAGGAGCUCAAAUCAAGUAACAGUCAUUUGAAAAUCUUUAAAAAACUCGUGAGUUUACACAAACUUCCCGAAUUUCGUGAUGGAAAGUACGAAAGUUCUUCAGAUACAAGUCAAAAUGUCUUUUCGUACGUCAGAAGUCAUCCUGCAACUGAAAAUAUCUACAUCAUAGCAUUGAACUUUGGAAAAUCAGAUGUUACAUUAGACAUGAGAGAGCAAUUUCGAAACUUACCUUCUAACUUCAAAAUUGUAGUUGCUUCGUUGCAUACAAAUCUUUCCGAAGGAACAAAAGUCUCUAUUAAAAAAGUGACGAUUCCAGCUGAGGCGGGAGUAGUUUUUAUCUCCAAUGGAAAUGUAAUUUUUCUUUCGACGUUCUUGCAUAUUUUCCUAAUGAUUAUGUAUGGAAAUAUUUUGUCGCAAAUUAAAAAAAAAAUUUUAGUAUCUAUUUUUAUUAUAUUUUAGCAUUUUAUAGAAUUUCAAGUUCUUAAAUGUAAAAUAUUCAAGUAACAAUUGUUUCAAAUAAAUAUUACAAAU